AUGGCUAACCCAUCCGCGUCUGCGAUCCUGGACGAAAUUGCGUCUUUGCGCACGGCGUUCGACAAUAAUGAGGCUGGCUCAAGAGAAGCACUGAUCGACAACAGCCGCGCAUUAAUUGCGGCGCUGGAGAUCCCCAGUGAGUUUGUGCAGCGCACCUUCUGGGCAGAACCGGCUCAAUCAGCCAUUAUCCGCCUCGCCGUCGAUGUCAAGCUUUUCCAGCAUUUGGAAGAAGCUGGCGAUGCGGGUCUGACACCCGCGGCUCUAUCGGAGAAGACCGGUGUCGAUGCUGUCCUGUUGUCACGCCUGGCCAGACAUCUGGUGGCCAUGAACCUGCUCGCAUUCUACAACGGAGCAUUCCACGCCACGAGGUUGAGCAACGAACUCGCAGCGGAAAACUUCCAACACAGCAUCGCCUUCUGCUACGAUGCGGCCCGUCCUUCGUUCAACGGAUUCCCGGAGUACUUUAAGAAGACUGGAUAUAAGUCCCCGACACUAGGUGGAACCGACGGUCCCUUCCAGGAAGCUCAUAAGACCCAACUUCCGUUCUUCGAAUGGCUGGUGGCCACACCACCGCACCUCCAGCACUUCGACUCCUUUAUGAGUGCGUACCGGGCCGGAAAGCCCAACUGGUAUGAUUUCUACCCGGUGACCGAGCGGAUGGUUGAGGGCUUUGAUUCCUCCAUCAGCGAUGUUCUCCUCGUCGACGUCGGCGGUGGACGGGGUCACGAUGUGGCAACCUUUGCCGCACAAUAUUCUUCUUCUCCGGGCAAAAUCAUUCUCCAGGAUCGCGAGCCCGUCAUCGCGAGCGUGAUAGCUAAUACCUCAGAAAGACCCUUUGAGGCGCAAGCCCACAACUUUUUCACCCCGCAGCCUGUCAAGGCAGCCCGCGCCUAUUCUCUCCACUCUAUCCUUCACGACUGGGGUGAUGAUGAUGGCGUCAAGAUUCUGGAGAACCUGGUCCCAGCUUUGCUGAAGGGCUAUUCGCGUGUUCUGCUAAAUGAGAUUGUGGUAAGCGAAGAGAAGCCCACUCUAGCGGCGACAAAUAUGGAUAUGAUGAUGUUGGCGCAUUUUGCAGUCAGAGAAAGAACCGAGGCUGAGUGGAGGAGUAUUCUGGCCAAAGCAGGAUUGAAGAUAGUCAACAUUUACAACUACCCCGGGGUUGCGGAAAGUUUGAUCGAGGCGGAAUUAGCCUAA